UGUUGGUCUUUCACAGAAUAUCUCUCAAUCACAAGUAGUUUGCUGGAAAACGCCCACCAGUUGGAUGUGGAGGUUAAAACGUUACGGACGGUUCGUCCCAGGAUCCAGAGAGACGGGGAGAAAAUCCUGGAAGGUAUUUGAUACAAAUGGGAGUAAACCUGAAAUUGUCCUCACAAUUGUGGACCCUGGAUAUUUGCUGGUAUUGCAAGGACAGGAAAGCUUGGACACAAUCCCAUUGCUCUGUGGCUCAGAGUUUGUGAAAGUACACCAGAAAUCUGAUAACCUGAUGUUUCGAAUUACAAUGAAGGGAGAGAGCCGCAUGAUGAGGAUGCAGUUUGACGGAAGUAACGGGGCAGAGGCUGUGAAGGAGUGUUCAAGUGCCGUAGAAAAACUGACGGAGUACAUGCCUGUCACCACUCAGGAUGAUGCCGCACCACCACACAAUCAGCCUCCCGCUGAGGUCGCUGCACCAGUGACACAGCAGGGAAAAGCUGUGGGAGCUUAUCCAGAGGUUACUGCCCAAGGAUCAUUGUCCAUCAAGCAACUAACAGAGCACUUUCUGGGAGAGGCAGCUGUGGCUCUGCCUGAAGUUUAUCACCACAGCCCUUUGGCCCAGUGUGACUUAGAGCCCAUCCUUCGCGUUUGUUUGCUGGAUCCAAACUUUCAUGCUUUUGUGGAAAAGGUGGAGGGGGAGCUGAAGAAACUGAUUCAAGAGUGA